AUGACAGAGAAAUUGCAAAGCACAGCGGUGGAAAUUGAUGAAAUAUGUGAGCAGCACAUGGACAGAGAAAUAGAGGUGUGUGGAUUUCUAGAGAGCAUGAAAAAUUUUCCCAAGUUUGGUUUUCUAACUCUGCGUGCCGGCAUGUCCAGAGUGCAAUGCGUAUUCAAUUUGGGUGAAAAGAUUGAUGAAAAUUACUUUACGGUGAUUUGUGGAGUGCCGUUGGAGUCGUAUGUCAGGGUAAAGGGUGUGCUUAAGAGGGCGCACAAGCCUGUCAAGAGCUGCUCGGUGUGUGAUUACGAGCUGGGCAUGUCUGAGUUAAGCCUGUUGUCAGCUGCCGACAGCCUUCCGUUCGAUCUGAAAGACAUCAAUGUGUACAAGAAGGGCGUACCUAGCGUCUCGUUCAACAAGCGCCUGGAUCACAGAGUCCUGGAUUUGAGAGGCACCAUGUCGCAGAGCAUUUUUAGGAUAAUUGAUCAAAUUAUGUACGCGUUCAGAACAUUUCUCAGAAAGGAAAAGUUUAUUGAGAUUACGACACCUAAGCUUUUGGGCUCGGCGUCGGAGGGCGGUGCCAACCUGUUCGAGGUCAAUUUUUUCAAGAAGAAGGCAUAUCUUGCACAGAGUCCCCAGUUGUACAAGCAGAUGGCCAUUAUAGGUAAUAUGCGCAAGGUGUACGAGAUUGGACACGUGUACAGAGCCGAGGAAAGCAACAUAAACCGAUAUUUGAGCGAAUUCAUUGGGUUGGAUUUGGAGAUGGAAAGCACCGAUUAUUUGAAAACGAUAAAACUGAUAUACAGAAUGUUCUGUGCGAUCAUUAGGGAUGUGUACGAGAACAACAAGCAGGAUGUUGAGAAUUUGAAGAAGUACAACGAUUUCAAUGACGUGCGUUUUGAAGACGAGCCGCUGAUACUUUCACACAGAGAGUGUGUAGAUAUUCUGAGAGAGCACGGAGAGGAGAUCAAGUAUGAGGACGAUUUCAGCCGAUUCAUGGAAAAGAGAUUAGGAGAGAUAAUAGCAGAAGAAAGGAAGAUUGAUUUCUUCGUGGUUAAAGACUAUCCAACACGAAACAGGCCGUUCUACACCGCGCCAUGUGACGAUCCAUUCUACUCUAAAUCGUACGAUUUUAUUCUCCGGGGUGAGGAAAUUCUCAGUGGUGCCCAGCGAAUUAACUGUUAUCAGCAGCUGCGCCAGUCUGCCAGUGAUAAUGGAAUUGAUCCGGUGAGUAUUGAGGGAUACCUAAAUGCAUUCAAGUAUGGAGCACCACCACAUGCGGGGUGUGGCAUUGGACUUGAAAGGUUUGCGAAGGCUUUGUUCGGAUUUAGCGAUAUAAGAUGUUUUAGCAUUUUCCCCAGGGAUCCGAAUAGGCUUUACCCGUAAUUAAAAAGGUUUUAAGUUGGCA